AUGAAGUUCCAGUACAAGGAGGACCACCCGUUCGAGUACCGGAAAAAAGAGGGGGAGAAGAUCCGCAAGAAGUACCCCGACCGGGUGCCGGUGAUAGUGGAGAAGGCCCCCAAAGCCAGAGUACCUGACCUGGAUAAGAGGAAGUACCUCGUCCCUUCCGAUCUCACAGUUGGCCAGUUUUACUUCUUGAUCCGGAAGCGAAUCCACCUGAGGCCGGAGGACGCCCUGUUCUUCUUCGUCAACAACACCAUCCCUCCCACCAGUGCCACUAUGGGGCAGCUGUAUGAGGAUAACCACGAGGAAGAUUAUUUUCUCUACGUGGCGUACAGUGAUGAAAGCGUCUACGGAGAAUGAGCCGC